AUGUGCAUUUUGAUUUCAACAACGUCUCAUCCCGAUUAUCCCUUGAUUUUGCUAUCUAACAGAGAUGAGUACCUUGCCAGACCUACACAGCUAGCCACCGCUCGGAAGACAUCCAAAGAUACACAGAUCCUAUCACCCCUAGAUAUGGCCAGACCAGAACAUGGCACUUGGAUUGGUAUCACCUCCGAUGGAAGACUCGCGGUAUUGGUAAACUACCGAGAGGAUACACAAAUUGCAGGCAAGGUUUCACGAGGCAUUCUCCCGCUUGAGUACCUCGUUUCCGACCUUCUGGACGAUGAGUGGUACGAUGGUCUCGAGGAGAGAAUGAAUAAGAAAAGCGGCGUCACAGGAAAACCUACCAAACUCAGUGAGAUUGGCGGCUUCACCUUGUUGUAUGGAAAACUAGAGCUAGACAACAAUUCCCGACUCAAACCACUCAAUCUCAUGAGCAACCGUGGCGACAGGGGCAAAGUACAUACCCGGGAAGUCUCGCUCGAUUGUCUACAUGAUCAAAUCCACCGCCAAGAGACAUUUGCUCUCUCCAAUUCGUUGUACUACAUGCCGUGGCUGAAGGUGGAGCUAGGCCGGAAGAAACUCGAUAGUCUUGUUCAGCGUGCUGCUGCAGAAGACUACAGCCGAGAAGAACUUAUCGAAUCUUGUUUCGAGAUCUUGAGCUCCGACACCUAUGACGCCGAAGUUCGAAAGAAGGGCACGUUCGAUCAGAAAAUGACCGAGCUUCAAAACUCCAUCUUCAUUCCACCGCUCGCCACGCCAUAUGAACUGAAACUGGCUGAAACUGGCUACGCCGUUGGUAAAUAUUACGGUACCCGUACGCAGACAGUGAUCGCUCUCUCCAAAAACGGCAUCUUGCACUAUUACGAGCGUGAUUUGUAUACUGGUGACACAGACAAGAUGCAACCCCGUGAGCAGCAUCUUCAAUUCACCCUAGGUAACAAAUAG